UCCAAAAUAAAGCUCAUCUGUUGAAAGCUGAUCGGACAUCAGUUUGUAGUCCUGCCUAAACGCCAAAUAUGGCGUCCAGUGAGAGUCGUUGGCAGAACACUGACACCUACCGUCCGCCACCUGUAACGCACACGUUAUAAAACAAGCACAUUUGCAGCCAUUAACAUACCCACUCACGUUGUACUGCUGCGUUAUGCAAACACUGGAGUUCCUGCUCUGAAACUGCAGCGCUGCACACUGAAAACCACAGGUAGAGCGGGGGAGAGACAUGAAAAGGAAACCGACGAAUUCAGACGCAUCUGAACCAAAUGGUAAAGCGAGGAAAGGCUCAGCUCCAACUCUCUCCAAGAAACUACGAGCCAAAAAAGAUGCAGAAACAUCCCAACAAGGGCCUCCACUCCAGUCUGGAGGAGUCCAGAAGAAAAGUGGGUACGGCAGCAUCCUGCACUACAUUUACAAGAGCACUCUGGGCCAAAGUCUUCACACACAGAUGAGACAGUGUCUUCAGGAGCCUUUUGUUCGCUCUCUGUCCUCCUAUCAUUUCCACGGUGCCACCAGCCCCUUCGACCGCAGGAUCACCAGUCUGGAGUGGCAUCCCACUCAUCCCACCACUCUGGCUGUGGGGUCCAAGGGUGGCGACUUAUACCUGUGGGACUUUGAGGUGCCAGCAAAGAAGAAUUUUAUUCAAGGGAACGGAGCAGGAGACUUUAUUGGAGGGAUGAAGUUUUGCCCAAUGGACUUUUCCCAAGUCUAUGUGGCUUCUGGUGAGGGCACACUGACCCUGCAGAGCUUUGAGGGUCGAACACCCACUGUUCUGUCCCGAACUCAAGACUGUGGCCACGAGAACCACAACGUUUGUUACUGGUACUGCUGUGUAGACGUGUCUGUAAGCCGACAGAUGCUUGUGACAGGAGACAAUGUGGGACAGGUCCUGCUCCUCGGUUUGGAUGGACAAAAGAUUUUCAGUGACAAGUUGCACAAAGCCAAAGUGACCCAUGCUGAAUUCAACUCCCGUUGUGAUUGGCUGUUGGCCACGGCCUCAGUUGACCACACGGUGAAACUUUGGGACCUGAGAAGCAUCAAAGACAAGAAGAGCUUCCUCCAUGAGCUGCCUCACGAGAGAGCUGUCAACUCGGCGUAUUUCAACCCACUGGACUGCUCCAAGUUGCUCACCACAGAUCAGUACGAUCAGAUCCGAGUCUACUCGUCCUCCGAUUGGUCGAAGCCUCAACACAUCAUCCAACAUCCGCACAGGCAGUUUCAGCAUCUCACACCCAUCAAGGCCACAUGGCACCCUGUCUAUGACCUUAUUGUGGUGGGCCGCUACCCUGACGACCGGGUUUGCCCCGGAGACCAGAGAACCAUCGACGUCUUUGAUUCCAACACAGCAGAGCUCGUUUGUGAGCUGCAGGACUCCACUGCUUCAGGGAUCAAAUCUAUCAACAAAUUCAAUCCAAUGGGUGAUGUGAUUGGAUCUGGAAUGGGUGUGACGGUGCUCGUCUGGGAUAGAAACGAGUCACUGAUCAGCAGUCGCCACAAACAGGAAACCUCCACCUCAGUGGGCGGUUUAAGAGGCCAGCGGAGGAGUCAGCAGCGCUCCGGCAGCGACAGGAGAGGUCCUGCUGUGGAUGCAAAACUCAAGAAGAAGCUGGCUUCUCUGGAAGAAUCAGGGACCAAAACCAAGACAGGGUGUACUAAACUAAAACAAGCACAGAUGAGGAAGAAGUAAACUUUAUGACAGUGAGGAUCUGGAAAAUCUCUGUAUAUAUAUCUAUCUAUAUAUCUAUCUGUAUGUAUAGUCCCUUUUUUAACCUUUUGUUGUGUCUGUAACUUCAGGGAUUGUUUGAACAUUAAAAAAAUGUUUCAAUUUUGCCUUUAUAAACCAGUUUAAAACUGAAACUUUUGUAUGUUCUUACAGAUGUUUUUCUACUGUACUAUAUUAAAACAUAAUCAUGUUUCAU